GCGAAGGCCUCACUACCGGCGUCCGCUCACCGGCGCCAUUUCUGUCGAAGGGAACGGCAGUGCGGCCUGUGAUCAUGGCGCUGUUCCCGGCCUUUGCGGGCAUUGGUGACGCUCCCAAUAGCGGCAGCGCCAGGAAAGAAUUAGAUUGGCUGAGCAACCCGAGCUUUUGCGUUGGAGCCAUAACCUCUCUGAGCCAACAACCUGAAGAGGCUGCUGCUCUGGUUUCUGAAGGGUCACCGCUGACGAGGAGUCCUCUGAAAUCAGAGCCUUCGGAUGAAAGUGAUGCUAACAGAAAGCCCAAACAAACAAGCAGAAAAAAGAAGAAAGAGAAAAAGAAGAAGAGGAAACAUCACCACAAGAAAACCAAGAGAAAACGUGGGCAGGCCAGUAGCAGUGGCUCCGAGCCAGAUAGUGAGCCUGAAGAGGACAAAACUUCCAGAAGCACUGGAGACGGUAGAAAGGAAUCAGAGAAACCAAGUCAAGAAGGUAAUGCUGCCGCUGAUAUUGGGCAUCGCUUUGUUUGGCUUGAGGACGUUCAGGCUCUGACUGGAGAAACCUUCAGAACAGAUAAGAAACCGGAUCCGGCCAACUGGGAGUAUAAGUCUCUCUACCGAGGAGACAUAGCAAGAUACAAGAGGAAAGGAGACUCCUGCCUUGGCAUUAACCCUAAGAAGCAGUGUAUAUCCUGGGAGGGGGCUGCCGCAGGAAAGAAGCCUUCACACAAGCAUGUUGAGCGCUAUUUUACGAAGAAGAGCGUGGGCUUAAUGAACGUUGAUGGAGUUGCUGUUGGCAGUAAAACUGAACCUCCCUCAUCUGAGCCAAUCUCCUUUAUCCCUGUGAAGGGCUUGGAUGAUGUGAUUCCUCCCGUUAUGACCUGGUUGAACCCUCUGGGGAUUUACGAUCAGUCCACCACGCAGUGGUUACAAGGGCAGGGUCCUCCAGAGCAAGAAUCAAAGCAGCCAGACUCCCAGACAGACAGAGAGCGUGCGCUGCUCAAGGCCAAGGUGGAGGAGUUCAACAGGAGAGUGCGGGAGAACCCUCACGAUAUUCAGCUGUGGAUGGCGUUCGUUGCUUUUCAGGACGAGGUCGUGCGGAGCCCUGGCCUGUAUGCCCUGGAGGAGGGGGAGCAGGAGAAGCGGAAGAGGUCUGUGAAGCUGGUGCUGGAGAAGCAGCUGGCCAUCCUGGAGCGGGCCAUUGAGAGCAACCAGAGCUCCGUGGAGCUGAAGCUGGCCCGGCUGAAGCUGUGCGCGGAGUUCUGGGAGCCCUCGGCGCUGCUCAAGGAGUGGCAGAAACUGAUAUUUGUACACCCCAACAGUACGGCCCUCUGGCAGAAGUACCUUUUAUUUUGCCAAAGCCAGUUCAGCACCUUCACCGUGUCCAAGAUCCACGGUCUUUACGGCAAAUGCUUGAGCACUCUGUCCGCGGUGCAGGACGGCAGCAUCCUGUCGCACCCCGCCCUGCCCGGCACCGAGGAGGCCGUGUUCGCUCUCUUUCUUCAGCACUGUCACUUCCUGCGGCAGGCCGGUCACUCUGAGAAGGCGAUCUCGCUCUUCCAGGCCAUGGUGGACUUCACCUUCUUCAAGCCAGACAGCGUGAAAGACCUGCCUACCAAAGGACAGGUGGAAUUCUUUGAGCCCUUCUGGGACAGCGGGGAGCCCCGGGCUGGGGAGAAGGGUGCUCGAGGCUGGAGAGCCUGGAUGCACCAGCAGGAGCGAGGCGGCUGGGUGGUCAUCAGUCCAGAUGAUGAUGAUGACGAACCAGAAGACGAGGACCAGGAAAUAAGAGAUACAAGUCUGCCCAGGUGGCAGAUCUGGCUCGCCGCCGAGCGGUCCCGAGACCAGAGGCACUGGCGGCCGUGGCGCCCUGAUAAGACCAAGAAGCAAACCGAGGAAGACUGUGAGGACCCAGAGAGACAGGUGCUGUUCGAUGACAUUGCUCAGUCUCUGAUCCAGCUCUCCAGCCAGGAUCUUCAGUUUCAGCUGGUUGCGGCCUUUCUGCAGUUCCUGGGCGUGCCUUCUGGCCUCAGCCCCCCAGCCUCCUGCCUCUACCUGGCCAUGGAUGAGGACAGCAUCUUCGAUAAUGGGCUUCAUGAUGAAAAGCCACUGACUUUUCUCAACCUGUCCCUUUCCGGCGUCAGCUGUGUUGGCCGCUCAGACCCACUGGGCUGCCGCCGCUGGACCCGCGGGCACAAUCGAGAGGGCGAGGAGUUCAUCCGCAACAUCUUUCACCUUGUGAUGCCUCUGUUUUCAGGCCAGGAGAGGUCUCAGCUGUGCUUCUCCUGGCUACAGUACGAGAUGGCAAAGGUCAUUUGGUGUCUGCACACUAAAAACAAGAAGAGGUUAAAGUCGCAAGGAAAGAACUGCAAAAAACUCGCCAAAAACCUCCUUAAGGAGCCAGAAAACCGCAACAAUUUUUGCCUCUGGAAGCAGUACGCACAUGUGGAGUGGUUGCUCGGCAACACCGAGGACGCCAGGAAGGUGUUCGACGCGGCGCUCAGCCUGGCGGGGAGCGGAGAACCGCGGGGGUGCGAGCUCUGGGAGCUCGGCCGCCUCUACGCGGGGCUGGAGCUGGAGCUGGAGCUGGAGCUCUCGCCGGCCGCGAGAGGGGCCGCCACGGCCCGAGCCGUCCACAUACUGACCAGACUGACGGAGAAUGGUCCCUACGCACCCUACUCCGGGCCGGUCUUGGCCGUUCACGUUCUGAAGGCCCGGAAGGCUUACGAACACGCGCUGCAGGACUGUUGGGGGCAGAGCUGUGGCUCCGGUCCGGCUCCCGCCGACGCCUCUCACCGCCUCACCGGCCCGCUGCAGUGCUUCAUGCUCUUCCAGUACUUGACCGUGGGGAUCGAUGCCGCGGUGCGGCUCUACGAGCAGGCGUGUGCGAAGCUGCGGGGCUCGGUCUCCCCGGGCGGCUGUGGCCCGGACGAGCCCGGCUGCGCGCAGAGCCCGGGCCGCGGUCUCGAGGCCGUCACGCUGACGCACACGAGCCUGCUCCGCUUCCACGCGAGAGUCAGCGUUUGCCCCGUGGCUCCUCUGCGGCAGGUGCUCUCGGACGCCUUACGGUGGUACCCGGGCAACCAGGUUCUGUGGAGGGCCUACGUACAGAUUCAGAGUCGGUCCCACGCGGCCAGUAAGACCAGAAGAUUCUUCGAUGCCAUCACCAGGUCUGCCAAACCCUUGGAGCCGUGGCUAUUUGCGAUUGAAGCCGAGAAGAUGAGGAAGAGGCUGGUGGAAAGCGUUCAGAGGGUGGGUGGCAGAGAGGUCCACGCCACAAUUCCUGAGACCGGCUUGACGCAUCGGAUCAAAGCCCUGUUUGAAAAUGCUUUGCGGAGUGACAGCGGCAGCCAGUGCCCCUUACUGUGGAGAAUGUAUUUGAACUUUCUGGUCUCCUUGGGAAACAAAGAAAGGAGCAAAGGCGUGUUCUACAAAGCACUUCAGAAUUGUCCUUGGGCAAAGGCGCUGUACCUGGAUGCCGUGGGGCACUUCCCUGAGGAGAUGCAGGAGGUCCUGGACCUGAUGACGGAGAAGGAGCUCCGGGUGCGCCUGCCCAUGGAGGAGUUGGAGCUUCUGCUCGAGGACUAGAGACCAGGAGGUGUUCAACAGGCCCUGCCUUCCAGGCCUCGCCACCUGCCCCGCCGGGGCCAGGCUGCAAAGGACGGGGCACGCGUAAGUGCGUGUGCUCCAGCGGCUCUGUUUUCCAAGUCUAGCUUUAGUUCUUAGUAAUUUGUACCUGGGUCAUCAGUUUCUUAGCUCUUGCGCAUUUUUUGGAUGUGCAAAUGACACAGAAGCUAUUGCUUACAUAUUAUAUAUGUGAAUAUGUAAGAAUUAUGCCCCGUGACAACGGAACCUCUCGUGGUUGGCAUGUGCGGUGUGUUCUCUUCCUCUGCGCCCCCAGCCCCGCCAUGGCGAGUCUGCCCUGUUGGUUGGCCUUCUUGGCCCUGCCAAGGUUUCUGGAUCUUGCAGUCAUGAUAGGAAAGGUCUGGUGAUUCAACACUAGGACCUCUUCCCCAGGCUGGUUAGCAGGAGAGCGGAUUUUGCUCUUCUCUUCAGGCCGCAGCACUGGAGUCCCUGAAAACUUGGGUGUUCCGGCCUGUGUCAAGUGUAGGAAGCGUCUCGUGGUCCCUAAGCUCUUCUUGACACCUCCCAGCUGUGGACCAGCAGCAUCGCCUGGGCGUGCUGCAGCCUUGUACUUAGGACCCCUGGAGACUUAGGAGCACCCAGGUGUGGGAAGGACCCCUGCUGCAGGGGGCACGUGGGCAGCCAUCCGAGCAGAGCAGAAUGGAUUGGUGGCUUCCUACCAGACCCUGCCCGCCCGUGAGCCCGGCCGCGCGACGCCCUCACGGUGCAGCAGCGCUGCUCGGGACAGAGGCCCGCACUGGCCGCCUUCUUGAUGUCUGAGGGUUAUGAGUGGAAUGAAAUGUGAAUAUCCACAUUCAGACCACUUUCUUCUGAAGAGGACAUGCAUGCAGUUAUUAACCAUUAAUAUUUAACUAGGACGAAAUUGCUUUCUCUUCUCUGAGGCCGGCUCUCAAACAAAACCGCAACGCCUCUGCCAACGUUGUCGUUCUUUGGCACCUCAUCCAGAAAAGCCAGUGUCGUGGAACAGAAUUUUGGUGCGAAACAGCUGGAAAAGGAGGCUGGCGAGUCAGAGCCCCCGAGGAAGGUGGCCGGCCAGCCAGCCAAGUGGACGCUUGCCGUGUCUGCCCGGCUCACUCCCUGGCUCGCACACGGACCUGCUCAGAAAGGAGAGGAGUGCUGGAAACAGAUGGGGGGAAGGGAAGCUCUGACGUGGUUUUGAACACCCUGGAGAUGGAUGAGGUUUCUGAACCUGAGAACGAGGGAUGCCAGGGCAGGGGGAGGGACGUCAGCCAGGGCCUGUGGAGAGUCCUACUAGGAACCCCACUACUCCUUUCCUGCCCCAGAGUGCUAAGAACCCACAGGCUCCAGACCUUCCAAAAUGAAAAGCUGUUUCCUUCUGAAGCCAGAGCCAUACUCUUCAACGGCAGAGCCCACUGGCUUUAGGGGUCCUGCUUUCCCACUAGCUGCUGUCCAGCUCUGCC